AUGAUCCGCAUUCCUUUGCCAGACAUUUUGCCUCCCAUUACUGAGGUUCAUCGGGACACUUUGCGUUACUGGUGCCAGCAAUUAAACCUGAGCACCGAUGGGCAGAAAUCAGACCUGUAUCUGAGGGUCCAGACAAAUUCUUAUCCGGACCAAAAGUAUAUUCCUGUCACUCCAAAGGAGGCCAAGAUGUGCUCACAUUUGAAGAAAAGCAGUACCAAGAGACCAGGACUUCAGAAAAGUUCUAAUACCAAGGAGACACAGGAAAGGACCUACAUAGCAGAAGUGGUCACUUCAGCUGAGGAGUCCAUAAUGGCGUCCUGGACAAGAAUUUCUUCAAGAGCAGCUCAGCCUAAGGCUGUGAACUCAUGUCGCCUUCCUACUGCAGCUGAGACAUUGUUGCCGAAAGUCAUUGGUGGUAGAUGGUGUGUGGUCCAUGGCAGAGUUCUCCCCUCAGACGUAGAUGGUUGGGUUCGUCUGCAGUUCCACUCAGGUCAAGUCUGGGUGCCAGACAGUCCUAGAAAGAUGAUCUCUCUCUUACUACUACCAGCCUGUGUUUUUCCAUCUCUAGAAAUGGAAGAUAAUAUGCUGUGUCCUCAGUGUGUUCAGAGGAAUAAGAAGACAGUGAAAAGAUUGCUAGCAUUGGGGAAGGCUAAGUAG